AAUUGUCUCCUUCACUUGACCGUGAUGAAUUGAAAAGCUUUGUUAAUCAUCUCAAGGAUAAGUGCUAUGUAUUACAAACAGUUUCAUAUAACGAAGCCACAGCACGCGAGUUCAUUUCAGUCUUCUUGACCUACGCUGUCAAACAUAUCAGAAAAAACAACGAUCUGACAACUCGUUUAGCGGUAGAAAUUGACAUUGAUGGAAGCCAUGGAUAUGGUAAUCUGGACUAUGCGAUAUUUAUACGAUCCAUUUUUGCUUUAGUGACUGUGGCUAAAUUGUCAGAAAUGGAGAAGGGUCUCGCACAAAAUCUAGUACAGAUCUUCAGCGCAGUUGAGGGUAUUCAGAAAUUAGGUAAACGAAAACGCGAACAAACAGAUUUUGACAAAGACCCGACAAUAUUCGGAAUUGUAACAACUGGUGUCUUAUUGCGUUUUGUCCGAUGGACAGGUCCAUUAGGAUCUCAAAAAAUCGAAAUUACUAAAGAGUACAACUCUGGAAUUGAUGCUGUAUUUGACACAAAUGAAGAUAAAGAUAUAGAAAAUGUCGUAGAAAUACUUUCUCAUAUCGCACGAGUAUUACAAGCGCAAGCUAAUGCAGUGAGAAACGAUGCAAAACGUCAAAGAAAUAAUAAUUAG